AUGUCGAAAGCCGCUGCAGCACGAAAUAAGUUCGCGGAGCUACGCGCUCUUCGCGAGUCGGGGAAGAAGCGUCUCGACAGCUACCAGGUCCACCAAGAAGAAGAUUUGUAUGAGGAAGUGGAUGAAGAUGGAUAUAAGAAAGUUGUACGAGAGCGUCUGAAUCAAGACGACUUUGUUAUAGAUGAUAAUGGCGAGGGCUACGCUGAUGACGGACGCGAGGAGUGGGAUUCAAAGCGACCUGGGUACGACACCGAAAGCGAAGAAGAGCUACCUGUUAUGGGCAAGUCUGGUAAAGCGGCCAAACGGAAACGCGAAGAAGAAAAGACAAAAAAGGAAAAUAUGGACAAGGGGAUUAGCAACUACUUCACCAAAGGUCAUGUUGCUCCUCAGCCAAAAGCAAAGCCCGUCAAAACGAAAGAGGAUGACGACUUUUUGGCUGGUCUAUUGGGAGAAGUCGAUAACAAUGUACCUCGACCAGUUCACCAAUCUUCGAGAUCGAGUCGACAACAAGACAAGCGUAAACCUCGAGCACUGUCGCCCUCUGUUGAAGAUCGUGUCCACCAUGUGUCCAAAAGGACAAAGGUGACGGAUAGCAGGGCGCCAGCAACGCCACCCGUUGACCAAGACUAUGGUGAUGAUGACUUUAUGAUGAAUAUGGACGAUGACUUACCCAUGAAUAACCCUCAGCCAUCGUCACCAAUUGCGAAAGCCGUGGAGCGGAAAUCCCAUGCCAACGUCAAAGUGGAGGAUGACGAAGAGGAGGAUAUGAUGGAGGUCGCUCAAGCUGAUGGUAUUGUGACUACGAGUGUUAAUAUGUCUGGGACGAGGCCUGUGCCAAAGAUUAAGAAGAAGGAGACAUACCCGUCUCCCGCCAGCUCUUCUCCCGCCAGACCUUCAGCUCAACACGUUGAUGCAUCGGCUUGGAAUGAUGUUACAGAGAAGCUGAAUGUUGUGAACAGCAGUCAGGCCAGCGAGACGACUUCCUUCGGAAAACUUGAUCACAACGAUGCCAUCGAAGAAGAUGGCAGUCUUCGGAUGUUCUGGACGGAUUACAUCGAAAUCAACGGAAGCUUAUGCCUCUUUGGAAAGGUCCAUAACAAGAAGACUGGAACCUAUGUCAGUUGCUUUGUGAAAGUGGAUAACAUUUUAAGAAAGCUCCUUUUCCUCCCCCGACAAUAUCGCCAACGGCAUGGACGAGACACUAGUGAGGAAAUUGAUAUGAAGGAUGUGUAUGAAGAAGUCGACGAAUUGAUGGGGAAAAUGAAGGUUGGAAUGCACAAAAUCAAACCUUGCACAAGGAAAUAUGCAUUUGAACUUCCCGAUAUUCCAAAGGAGGGCGAGUACCUGAAGCUCCUUUACCCUUAUUCCAAACCCCAACUUCAGCCCGACAAUCAUACUGGAUCAACCUUCUCUCAUGUUUUCGGUACAAACACACCACUUUUCGAACAAUUUGUCCUGUGGAAGAAUAUCAUGGGACCAUGUUGGCUCCGAAUCGAGAAUGCUGAAUUUGGAGUGCUGAACAACGCAUCUCACUGCAAGUUGGAGGUCCAAGUCUCGAAACCCAACCUUGUUACUCCCAUGAGUGAGUCCGAGAGCGGCGAGGCUCCACCAUUGACUAUGAUGAGUAUCGCUUUGAGAACCGUUCUCAACGUGAAGGACAACAAACAGGAGAUUCUCGGCAUAAGCGCCCGAAUUUACCCUGAUAUCUCCCUGACUGACACAACGCCUCCCGAAAAGCUUCCAAGCCGCACUUUCACCGUCAUACGUCCUGUCAACGCGAGCUUCCCCAUUGGUUUUGAUGCGGAGGUGAAAAAACGAGCAAAGGGCCUAGUCAGACUCGUGAAGAAUGAACAAGACAUUCUGAGUAUGUUUCUAUCACAGCUGAAUAUGGUCGAUCCCGACGUACUCGUUGGCCAUCAGCUUGAAGGUGUCGAUUUUAGCAUUUUGUUGAGCAGACUCCAAGCCAAAAAGACGCCACAGUGGUCUCGCAUAGGCCGAAUGAGACGUACUCAGUGGCCAAGUUCUAUGGGGAAGAUGGGGGGCAAUUUCUUCGCUGAGCGGUCUCUACUCUCAGGACGACUUUUGUGCGACCUAGCAAACGAUAUGGGAAAGUCUGCCAUGACGAAAUGCACGUCUUGGAGCCUCACAGAGAUGUGUAGUAUCUAUCUUCCUGGUACAAGUCGGCGGGAGCUCGAUAACGAAACGGCACUCAAGACCUGGGCCUCUACAAAGGAGGGAUUGAUGGACUACGUCAGUCAUUGUGAAGUUGAUACUUUCUAUAUUGCCGCCCUAGCGCUGAAAGUCCAAAUGCUCCCUCUGACAAAAGUCCUCACUAAUCUGGCUGGUAAUUCUUGGGCAAGGACUCUCACUGGUACCCGAGCAGAGCGAAAUGAGUACAUUCUGCUUCACGAGUUUCACGCUAAGAAAUACAUCUGUCCCGACAAGGCUGUCUGGAAGGGCAAGCAGCAAGUUGAGGAAGAGAAGUUGGAUGAGGAGACUGGAGAUGUCAAAAAGAAAGACAAGUACAAGGGUGGUCUUGUUUUUGAGCCGGAAAAGGGGCUCUACGACAAAUUCGUGUUAGUAAUGGACUUCAAUUCGCUAUACCCGAGCAUCAUUCAGGAGUUCAAUAUCUGCUUUACCACAGUUGAUAGAACAAAAUUAUCCGACGAUGAGGAGCAGGUACCCGAAGUCCCCUCAGAUCAAGAUCUCGGUGUCUUACCCAGGCUUAUUGCUACCUUGGUUAGCCGUAGAAGAGAGGUCAAGAGUCUAAUGAAGGCCAAAAAUGCCACCACGGAGGAACUGGCAACUUGGGAUAUCAAGCAACUCGCUCUUAAGCUGACUGCCAACUCCAUGUACGGUUGCCUUGGGUACACGAAAUCCAGAUUCUACGCCAGGCCACUUGCUGUCCUCACCACAUACAAAGGUCGUGAGAUUCUGCGAAGUACCAAAGAUCUGGCCGAAAGCAAUUCUCUCCAAGUUAUUUAUGGUGAUACCGAUUCCGUCAUGAUCAAUGCCAACGUAGACAAUGUUGAGGAUGCGAUGAAAGUCGGGCACGAAUUCAAAAAGGCUGUCAAUGACCGGUACAAGCUUCUGGAAAUCGAUAUCGAUAAUGUAUUCAGGCGCAUUCUACUACAGGCGAAGAAAAAGUAUGCUGCAAUCAACCUGGUCCAGAUCGAUGGCAAAUACGUGGACAAGAUGGAAGUUAAGGGUCUUGACAUGAAGCGUCGAGAAUACUGCAACCUGUCCAAGGAGGUUUCCUCGAAGUUAUUGAACGAAAUCCUCUCUGGUGAUGAAUCGGAUGUUGUGAUUACCCGGAUCCACGAGUAUCUCCGGGAAAUAUCGACUCAGAUGCGCGAGAACGCUGUACCGACCCACAAAUACACGAUCUACACAAAGCUUGGAAAGGCACCCAAAGAUUAUCCCAACGCAGAUGGGAUGCCGCAGGUUCAGGUUGCUUUGCGUGAAAUUUCAAGAGGCAAAAAUGUGCGAAAAGACGAUGUCAUUGCGUAUAUCGUUACUGGGGACGGCAAGAGUACGUCUGACAAUGCCGCAAAGCGUUCAUACACGCCUCAAGAUGUUGCUAAAGCAGAUUCGGGUUUGAAGCCGGAUGUUGAAUGGUACUUGUACAAACAGAUCUUCCCCCCAGUUGAACGUCUUUGCGCAAAUAUUUCCGGUACUGAUACCGUGCGUCUCGCGGAUUGCCUUGGGCUUGAUGCCCGGAAGUACGCCAUCACUAACACCAACUCGAAUGGCGGCAACGAGACUGAGAUCCAUCCUCUGGAAAGUCAGAUUGAAGAUGUGGUCCGCUUCAAGGACGCUUCUCGCCUGACCCUUCACUGCAGAAAAUGCAAAGGAGCUUUUGGCUUCGAGGGGCUUGUUGAAAGUAUGGAAAUAUGCUCUCCAUCUGGGCUCACCUGCCGUUGCGGACAUACCUUGUCAAACAUAUCAGUUUUGGCGCAGCUUGAGCAUGAAAUCCGCCAGCAGACGAGCAAGUACUACGAAGGCUGGAUGGUCUGUGAUGAUCAGGCUUGCGGUAAUCGGACAAGACAGAUGAGCGUCUAUGGUCACCGAUGCUUGGGCCCUAAGGGACUUGGUCAUGGAUGUUUGGGGAGGAUGCGGUACGAGUAUACGGAAAAGAUGAUUUACAAUCAGCUUCUGUACUUUGCAUCUCUAUUCGAUGUAGAUAAGGCUAAGAUUGCUGCUAAGGGUACAGAUAAAGAAAAAGUCAUGGCUCUUGCUGAGCAUAAUCGUGUAAAGUUCAACACUCUGAAGAGUGUUGUGGAAAAGUAUCUUGAUAAGUGUGGCAGACAAUGGGUUGCGAUGGACAGUUUGUUUGGGAGAUUGGGAUUCACAGCAGUUUAA